UGACUAUCACAUGCCCGUGUAGUGUGGGUGUGCACAAUUUUUGGUGCAAGACCAAGCAAGAUAGAGAUCUUAAAAAUCACACCUGCUCCCGGACUGGAGGGAGGAGCCCCUCUAGAGGUGAGAGGAGCCAGAGGAGGAGCAGGAACAGGAGGAUGAGGAGGGUUUAUUCUUCAUGGCCUGUGCAGCCCUUGGAUUUCCCUCUUGAUUGAAUCCAGGGACACCAAUUAAUACCAAUGGCAGAGGUGCUUUUCCUGAUGCAGACACCAGUCCACUCUUAACUGGACCAAGACCAUCAAGAGGAUUCAUGGCAGGGGACAUGGAAGGGUUUAGUUCCUCCAUCCAUGACACCAGUAUCUCUUCUGGGUUCAGAGUACUAUAUGAGGAGGGAUUGCUUCUUGAUGUCACACUUGUCAUUGAAGAUUACCAAUUCCAGACACAUAAAGCACUCCUUGCCACCCAGAGUGACUACUUCAGGAUGAUGUUCACAGCUGAUAUGAGGGAGAAAGAUCAGGACAAAAUUCAUUUGAAAGGUCUGACUGCUAUAGGCUUCAGCCAUGUCCUACAAUUCAUGUACUACGGAACUAUAGAACUGAGUAUGAAUAGUGUUCAUGAAAUCCUACAGGCUACAAUAUAUGUUCAAUUUAUAGAAGUGCUGAAGUUCUGCUGCUCUUUUCUCUUAGCCAAAAUCGGCUUAGGAAAUUGUGCAGAAAUUAUGAGACUCUUAGAUGAUUUUGUUGUAAACAUCAAGGGAAUCAGGGAGAAGUUGAACUCCUUUCUGCUAGAGAACUCUGUGCCACUAAUGUCAAGAGAUGACUUCCUGUGCUAUCUGAGCUUUAAAAAGUCUUAUUUGGAUAAUGACUGUCUAAGCAGGUUCCCAGAAAUAGAACUAUACGAGGCUAUUCAGUCUUGGCUGCAGCAUGAUAGAAGAUGCUGGAGACAUACCGAUACCAUCAUUCAGAACAUCAGUUUUUGUUUGAUGACCCCAUCCAGUGUUUUUGAGAAGGUUAAGACAUCAGAAUUUUAUAGAUACUCUUGGCAGCCACGACAUUAAGUUGACCAAGUCCUGAAUUACUUUCAUAGUGUUCACCACCAGCCUUUGAUGGAAAUGAAAUCCAGCCGCAUCUGUCCUGUCAAACCCUAGACUGUAGUAUUCAGAGGAAUGAUAGGACAUAGCAUGGUGGAGAAGAACUGGAGCUAGAUGGUGAAUUCCAUGCUUCCUUCAAAGUGUUCAGGUAUGAUCCAAGACAAAAUACUUGGUUGCGAAUGACAGAUAUGUCUGUUCACGUUCAGAAUUUUCAGUUGGUGUUAUUGGUAGAGACAUCUAUGCUGUGGCUGGAAGAACAAGGGAUGAGACAUUGUAUUCAACAGAAUGUUAUGACAUCACUGAAGACAAUGGGAAUUUGUGGAUCCUUAUCCAGGGGACAGUGAUUAGUCAUAAGUUGUUUAUCACUUGUGGAAUUACCUCAUCUUCCACUUUCCAACAAGUGUGUAUUUGAUCCUAGUAAAGAAGAAUAGUAGAACACCAGACUAGAAGAACUCAAGUAGUUACUAAUUGUUGGGAGAAUAAGUGCAAAAUGAAUUAUGUGAGAUCAUUUCACAAAAUGAUUUCUUACAAUGGUAA